GGCUGCCACAAGCCUGACUGGACAAUUUCAGGGAAUUCCCUGCCACUUCGUGAUCCACAAAGCUACCCCCAUAUUGAUUGGCUUGCUGGAAACGUUCCUAGAGUACUAAAGGGCAAGACUACGCGUACCCGAACAACAUGUCGAUUUGUAAAAGUUUCGGCAAGGAUAAAGUCAUCUUUGCCACCAAGGAAGAUCAUGCGGUUCCGAGUACAGUGAAACUGCCCGAAUCGGAACCGGCUCCGGGUUUGAUCCUUGAAAAUGGGGAAAUCAACUGGGGCUGUCCCUGUCUAGGGGGGAUGGCCACCGGCCCUUGCGGAGUCGAAUUCCGGGACGCGUUUUCUUGCUUCCAUUACAGUGAGGCACAGCCAAAAGGGUCGGACUGUUACGAUGCCUUUCGGACAAUGCAAGAUUGUAUGUCCAACUAUCCGGGCGUCUACAAACAAAACCAGCACGACGACGACGACGAUGACGAAGAUGGAGGAGCUGCUGGAGGUCUGGGGUUAGCUCUGGAAGCGGCAGAUGAUGAAUCAUCUGCUGCUGGGCCAAGCAGAAACCCAAGUGAAGCAGCUGAUAGUAACGGCAGUUCGACGGAAUUGGCACAAAAAGGUGCUUAGAUGCGUUCUAGUUCAUGCGUUUCAAAUGUUGCUGAAUAAUGUGUACCAUAGUUGAUCCUUGAAUUUAUAGUUUGUAACGUUAUCUUUGAACGUAUCCAUUUCCAGAAUAAAGUUGAGUAGAAAGAA